AUGAAGAGAUCAAAUUCAGUUCACCCUUUAUCAAAGACUGGAAACCAAAUUAUUUCACAAAAAGAUGACAGAAGCCAAAGUGUCUCGCCAGGCCAUCGAUUUUUCUUUUCUCGCGCUAGCCUAACAUUCCAGCCAUUAAGAAAUUUCCAAAUGAUAGAAAAAUCCAAAGCAAAAACAAAAGCUUCUCAGCUAACCGAAGCUAUGGGCGAGCUAUCUCAGAAAUCUGAAUUAAAAGAGCAGCUUUUGCUAAACAUAGAAAAAUAUAAAAAGAAAAUCACAAGUGUUAAUAACGAAAUUUUAUAUAUCCAGAAAAACAGAAACAAAUUAGGAAUGCAAGCACAGCGAUUAAACUUAACCUCUUCUAAUUUAGAAAAAUCAAGAACGGGCAAUAAAAAAGAAAUAAAAGAAAUUGAGACAGUUAUAAGAAAUAAUGUGCAAGUUAUUACUAUGAAGAAUGAAGAAAUAAAUCAGAUUAAUCAAAUGAUAGAAAUUGAAAAGAGAAAUGUUGAUAGGAUGGAUUGGAAGGUUAAAGAGCUUGCACAAGAAUUGGAAAGCCAAUUAAAGGCUAGGGAUUAUUAUAAGCAAGAAGUUGCGAUGACUUAUAAGCAAAUAGCUAAUAUAACUGAAAAGAUUGAAAAUAUCAAAGCGGGAAAUGACUCGUUUUGCAAUAGACUUGGGUCUAUUUAA